AUGCAAAGUUAUGUGAAUGCUGGAGACUUCAAAACUUCUGGUAAACUUCGAGCCGCAUUGUUUAAUAACGCUGUGUACUAUGGAUUAUACAUGAUUGUCUUCACAUUACUUUUGAUCUAUGCCAUCAUCAAAGGUGUUGUAAUCAAUAGAGAACACUUAAAAGUAAUCCUUGUCUCCGCAUCGAACACAUGGGGUCUGUUUUUGUUGGUUGUCCUGCUCGGACAUGGACUCGUUGAACUUCCACGAACGUUAUGGCACAUGGGCAGCAGAGAGUAUCGACUGCAUGUGACAUAUUUUAAUAUCGAUAAAUUGUCUUCUGAUAAAAAUGAAGCAGAAGAAGCCGUGAAGGAAGCAUACAGGGAGACUCGCGCAGUCCUGAACAUCUUGAAAAACGAGCACGGUGCAAGGGAAAAAGCACAAAUAAUAGUGUCGAAGUUCCCGGAAGAGCUGUUUCCUGCUCGUAAUGCUAUGGAAUUCAGCAGCCUUAAUGCGGCUGAUGUAAGCUCUGUCAGCACCGACAAAUACCUGAUUCGACUUCAUAAGAAAGUGAUCUCCGCUGUUCAGUACCAUCAUCGAACCACGGCCCAAUGGAGGUCACUCAUCAAACACGCUUUAUUUUUGGAAGAUCUGGCUCAAGCAGAGAUCACCGGAAGGCUCGAAUUAGAAUCACACAUUUUGUUCCCAGAAAAAGUGCAGUACUUUUGGCUUAUCAUAGCACAGCGUCCACUUUGCAAGUUACUCUCCUUGCUGUUGGCUUUCAUGACAAUAUUGAUUCUGAUCAGUGAAUGUACAUUCUUUAUUGUAAACCCCACGUUGACACCUGCUGGUAUCAUAGUGGAUUACGCGGCAAAGCGGUUUCACUACAAGUACACUCAGCUUGUCGCGAUGGGCAUUAUUUGUUAUCUGUGUUCUUGUGCUUAUUUCACUGUUUUCCGUCUGAAGAUUUACCAGUAUUAUCAUUUGGAUCCAAAUCGCCAUACUGAUGGAAAUAGUUUGCUAUUUAGUGCAAUCCUCCUUUGCCGGUUGACUCCGCCAAUAUGUUUGAAUUUUCUUGGGAUGAUACAUUUGGAUUCUCAUAUAACGAUGGCAAAGGACUUUGGCGUUGAAACUCAGUUCACCAAGCUGAUGGGUCAUCUGGAUGUUCUACCUAUUCUUGCCAAGGGAAUCAACAUAUAUCUUCCCAUAUGCAUCCUCAUAUUCUGUGCUAUGACGUACUAUAAGCUCGGAACGUAUCUAUUACACAGUCUUGGUUUUGACCAGUUUGUUGCGUCUGACGAAUUCACGCAAGACAUGGUGACAGCUGGUCGAGCCCUCGUGCAAUUGGAAAGGAGCGCGCAUAGAAGGCAAAAAGAGCGGUCCAGACGAGAAGAACAGUGGACUGGUCGUCUAGGAGCUCUUCGGUCGGGUCGUCGACAUCUCCCAGAAGAUGAACAACCUAUUAUAUCUGCUGAAGAAGGAAAUUCGGAUUAUGACUCAUGGGUGCUUCCUCCUCCAGUGAGUCACGAACACAAUAGUGGACCUCGUAAGGAACAUCCUCUACCGAAAAACAUAUUUGAUGAUAUGAUCCGACACAGUGGGGCAAUGUCGGAGCAGGAACGCCUUGAGAGAAUCUUUGCGAAUCCAUUUCUCCCUCCUAAACCUGAGAGCAAACCGCAGAAGCAGACCCUUUCGUUACCUCCCAUGAGCCGCGAAGAGUUAAUUCUCUCACGAGCAAUGGAAAACUGUGCUGUGAAAUCUGUGAUUGCUGGCGUACUCGGAUUCGGAGUUGGUGUGGCUUUCGGUUUAUUCACUGCUUCCGUUGAUCCAUCUUUGAGUAUGGUAGGAGGUGAUCCAACAAAACAGGAAUUUGUAUACAAGCCCUCUGCUUACGUGACGAUGAUUGACCAGAUGAUCGGCUGCCGCAGUCGGCCUUGGAAUCCGGAGCGGACACCUAUUAUUCCAAGACAGACCCUUUCGUUACCUCCCAUGAGCCGCGAAGAGUUAAUUCUCUCACGAGCAAUGGAAAACUGUGCUGUGAAAUCAGUGAUUGCUGGCGUACUCGGAUUCGGAGUUGGUGUGGCUUUCGGUUUAUUCACUGCUUCCGUUGAUCCAUCUUUGAGUAUGGUAGGAGGUGAUCCAACAAAACAGCUCACUUUGAAAGAGACAUGGAAAGAGAUGAGCAGCAGAAUGAAGUCGUACGGAAGGAAUUUCGGAUCUAUUGGAUUCAUGUUUUCUGCUAUUGUCGGCGGCAUCUUGGGCCUUCGCGCUGGUAUAAAGCCGGCUCUUUGGGGAGCGGCUGGCUUUGCAGCAUUCUCGACGCUCAUCGAUCACUGGAUGAGAGGAUGA